UUUAUUUAUGUUGUAAGGAUUUUAAAUCAAACGUAUGAAGUGUUUUGUCACCGAUAUGAAGCGGCGAGCUAUGCGGAACCUUUAUUCCUCAUGGGUUGUUUCUUGGGGUACUUAUUUUGCAUGCCGGAACAACCCUGAAGAACAGCAAAGUUAGGUGGUCGUCAAUGUGGUGACAUUUCUAGUCGCACGUCACUAAUAUUACUUUUAUAAGAAGCGUAUUUCUGCGUGAAUAAUUGAACAUGUAUAACGCGUUUGUCUAGCGACACUUGGAUAAAUGUACAUGGAGGUUACAUGGCGCUCGCGUGUCAUUGACAGCCGGAAGUAGGCUAAUUAGCUUUUAGCAUAUAUAUGACGUCAUGAAAUGAUGCUGCUCAGCUAACAAGAGGAGGAGAAACAUUACAGAAACUUCCACAAAGUUAUUCCGUGAUGUUUCAUCUUUUCAAGGGGCUGCCGUCGUGUUUCCCUCCGGCACGUCUGACACUACUAUGGUUCUCACCAGCUGGACGAAGGGCGCCCGUUGUGUCCGGUCACAUCCGCUGUCGACGAGCUCUUCACCGGCUUCACCCCGGAACUACUCUCGCUCCACCAGCCCCCGCGGGCACGUUCCAGUUCGAACCCCGGUACCUGUUGCAUAGACCUCCAUGGAGGAGCCAGUUCCAUACCUCACCGCCCUUAGGGGCAUUGCCUACCCCACUUCUAUGGCUGGUGCUCAAACCUGUACAGAAGCUCAUGGCCAUGAUACUGGGCAGAAGUUUAAGGAAGUGGUGGGUGGCUCUCCCUGACAACCGCCGCAAUCUUUUCCGCCAGUGGGCUUGGCAGAGGCGAUGGCGGCUGUCGGCGGCAGUGGGCGUAGCGGCGGCGAUCGUGGCCCUCCUCCUCCUGACCCACCUGGACGAGUCGCCGGUGACGGGACGCACUCGCCUCCUUGUGUUCACCAGGGAGAACUACAUGGAGUUGGCGGCCAUCACGUCCUCAGCAUACAUGGAGGAGUUUGCUGAGCUCAUGCUUCCUGAGAGCGACGCCCGUCACCAGGUCGUGCAGCAGGUGGUCCAACACCUGGCUCAGAGGAACAGCGAUCUGGCGGAAAUGUCAGACGUCACCUGGAGCGUCCACGUGGUGCAAAGUCCCAACAUCAAUGCCUUCGUCCUUCCGAAUGGAAAAGUGUUCAUGUUUACCGGAAUGCUUGAAGCCGUGGCAGAUGUUCACCAGCUCACCAUCGUCUUAGGACACGAGAUGGCUCACGCCUUACUGGGACAUGCUGCAGAACAGGCCAGCCUGUCUCAUGUGGUGGACCUCCUAUCGGUGAUCCUGCUGACCGCCAUCUGGGCCGUGUGUCCUCGGGACAGCCUGGCGCUGCUGGGUCAGUGGGCGCAGGACAAACUCACACAGUUGAUGUUCAACCGUCCCUACAGCAGGAAGCUUGAGGCGGAGGCGGAUCAAGUGGGUCUGCAGUUGGCAGCCAAGGCGUGUGCAGAUGUGCGUGCGGGGCCCGUCUUCUGGCAGCAGAUGGAGAUCAGGGACCAGCUGAGCGGAGAACCCAGCCUGCCCGAGUGGCUGUCCACACAUCCGUCUCACAGGAACCGAGUGGCGCAACUGGACCUCCUUGUGCCCCAAGCUCUGGAGGUGAGGGAAACCUGCGUGUGUCCCGCCCUGCCGUCCACCGACCCUCGCGCCGUCUUCUCCAAGAGCGUCCACAGGCUGCUGGAGGACGCCAAAGCUCGAGAAAGAGCAAAUGUCACGGUGACGCCGUCGCACGGGCCAGCGGCCGCAGCAGCUCUGCUCGCCCAAACUCAACCGGUCCCUUCAGCCCGUGAGCCGGCGUCAGGUGACUCAAGGGGCCAGCGCUCCCCGAUGGCUGGAGAGGUAAUCACAGUGCAGCCCGCAGCUGUGUUAUUGGCUGACCUGCUUCAAAAUGCACAAGUGUUUUGCAGGACGUACAAUAUUUUACUGCUAAGACACAAAUUGCCGCGAGAUUUUUACGUCACUCUCCUCCUGUUGCCAUGGCGAACUUAAAAAGCCGCAGCAUUGGACGCCCAAAAGUGCAGCUCGCUUCAGAAUUGCACUUAGGGUACACGUGGUAAAACGUCCAUUUCUGAGCCACUCCACCAGCUAAAUUAAGAUUUUUUUGUACACUUUCUCAGAGUUUUCUUCAGACUUUAAUGUCAGAGCCACAUUAGCGCCUUUAAUAUCCAGCACAAACCAGUUUAAAAACCAUUUAAAUGCCCUGUAUAAAUAAUCUUUGAAGUCUUUGAAGUAUCACAUUUGCAUCACUCCAUCCAUCUAUUUUCUACCGCUUGUCCCUCUCGGGGUCGUGUCUCAUCAUAUUUGCACCUUUCCAUACCAUGUUCUUAUGUAUGUCAUAUUUGUAUCAUCAUAUUUGCACCAGCCCAUAUUAGUGUUGUCCCGAUAUCGGUACCAAAAUGUAUUUUGAUACUUUUCUAAAUAAAGGGGA